UUGCUGCUCUGCUAUCAACACAAGUUUUUCCUUGGAUUAGUGCAAAAAAAGGUAAAAAUCGAAAAUUCUACGGGUGCAAAUUGCGUUUUCCUUCGUUUUCUCCGGCUGGAAAAUCUCCGGAAAACGAUCGUGCGCGUCGAAGUUGAAUGUUUUUGGCCGCGGAGCGUCUAGCAGCAGCAACAGCUCUCGACUCGGCAUGAGCGAUGAAAAUGGAAAAUCCACGGCGACAAGUGCAUCGUCGUCGUCGUCUUCGGAUCCUGCUGCAGCGACAGUGAAGAAAAGAAAAUACAAAGUGGUGAUAAUCGGUGCUGGAAUGGCUGGAUUAUCUUCGGCGAAUCAUUUGAUCAAACAUGGGUGCUCGGAUUUCGCGAUCCUGGAGGCGCGACCUCGGGUGGGCGGUAGGAUCGUCGGAAUCGACAUGGGAUCGCAGAAGGUGGAACUCGGUGCAAAUUGGAUCCACGGUGUUUUGGGCAAUCCGAUGUUUGAACUGGCGAUGCAGCAUGGCUUGAUCAGUAUCAUAAAUAUUCCGAAACCACACAAGGUUGUGGCGGCUACCGAGGAUGGCAAGCAGGUGCCUUUUCAAGUGCUGCAGGAAAUAUAUGAAGCGUACGUUUGUUUCCUGCGACGGUGCGAAGAAUACUUCCUAUGUCAGUAUCUUCCGCCGCCGGAUGUCCACAGUGUGGGAGAGCACAUUAACCUAGAGGCAGAGCUGUAUUUGAACAACAUUGACGAUUACAAAGAAAAGCACCUGAGGAAGUUGAUAUUUGAAUGUUUGUUGAAACGUGAAACUUGCAUCACCGGGUGUCACAGUAUGGACGAGAUUGAUCUUUUAGAGCUAGGAAGCUAUACCGAACUGCAGGGAGGGAAUAUUGUGCUACCUUCGGGAUAUAGUUCCAUCCUGAAACCGCUCUGUGAUACGCUCCCAAAGGAAAAUAUAAUUCUUUCGUGUCCAGUCAAAACGAUUCAUUGGAAGCGGAAAGGCCGGGUUCAUUCAGGCAAUAACAAUUCAGACAUAAUCCUCGAGGAAGAUGAAGAUGACAUCGACUCGGAUGAUUCGGAUAAAACGGUAACAGAAGUACCGAUCGGUGAUACUAACGAUAAUAGCUUGAAACACUACUCGUCGAAUGUUCAGAUUGAGUGUGAAAACGGUACUAUUUUGGAAGCAGAUCACAUUAUCUGUACUAUCCCACUUGGAGUGCUUAAGAAGCAUGGUCCGACAAUGUUCUCGCCUAGUUUACCGCAGUACAAACUGGAAUCGAUUGAUUCUCUGCUAUACGGGACUGUAGACAAAAUCUUCCUAGAGUAUGAUCGACCUUUCCUCAAUGCGAAGAUCAGCGAAAUUAUGUUCCUUUGGGAGCAUUCCGAUCUUGAACCGAAUGUCGAUGAUGAAGAGUACCUGAAAGCCAACUGGUACAAAAAGAUUUACUCAUUUUCCAAAGUAUCGGAUACCCUACUGUUGGGUUGGAUAUCCGGUCGAGAAGCAGAGUACAUGGAGAGCAUCUCCCAUGAAGUGGUAGCCGAAAAGUGUACGGAAAUCCUCCGGAGGUUUCUCAAAGACCCAUUCAUUCCAAAGCCAAAGCGAUGUGUGUGCACCAGCUGGAGCAAGCAGCCUUACAGUUGUGGAUCCUAUACGGCAAUCGCGGUCGGUGCCUCCCAGGAUGACAUCGACAAUAUUGCACAGCCUUUGUAUUCUAGUCCGCAUCAAUCGAAGCCAUCGGUACUAUUUGCCGGCGAGCACACUCACUCAAACUUCUACUCAACGGUGCAUGGUGCUUACCUGAGCGGUCGAACAGCCGCGCAGAUUCUCCUGACUCCUGACUCACCGCAGGAAAUUGUGAUGGAAUCCGAUACCAGCGAUCUUAGCUCUUGGAUCCAGGGCAUUGCUCUGGAAUAGACUUGAUUUCCCAUAAUUUAUAAUUAUUUUAGCAUUCGGUUUGUCCGUGUACAUUUCCACCCUUUAAGAGGCAAUUACGUUGGCAUUUUGUUUUGAUUUGUUGCAUUCUACCUACCUAUUUGUGUUACACCACCGAUGUGCCGUUUAUGAUUUGUAGCAAAUUUUGAAGACUAAUUUUCAAAAAGCACUUGUGUUCCUUUGUGUUUCCCCUUUUUUAGAAAAAGGCAGUGACAAAUUGCGCUAGACUGAUGGUUUAGGUUUAACUAAAAAUCGCAAAUAAGCAACAGCAUCGCAAGAAAUACGAUAACUAGACUAAUAAGUAGCGCACAUUACUUACUUGUACUAAGAAUAAUUUGUUUGGACUCAUUACAACAACAAAACACUCCAUAAAACGAGAUGCUUUGACACGUACUGCAACACAACGGAUUUGGAUUGUGCUCUCUUACCCAUAAAGUAUGAUUUUCUAAAAUAUUUGUCCUGAUCCUGACCCUGAGUUCAAUCUAGUCCAACGACUCGCAUAACCCAGCAGUAUAUCUACCUUCCUAUCUACUUUGGUUGGUUAUUUAGUUUUACCAUUUUGUUGUUUAACGCAGAAAAAGGAGUUAAUGUGCAUUUGUAUAGCGAUACCAAAUAUCCGAUUAAAAUAGGACUUUAGAAACGCUUUCAAUAAAGAAAUACCUACACGCCCAUAUUUAACAAUAACUUAAUUACAACAAAACGCAUUCACACCGCAGCACGCAGAUCCUUCGGCAUAAAUCAAACCAACAAAAAUCAAUGGAUUAGAUGAGUAUUGCUUUGCUACUGAAUCAAAACGAGUGUAGUGACUGUGGAUCGAAGUUUUUUCUAUUACCCAGAACAGUAGAGCUGCGUUGAUUCUCGAUUGUGGAAAAUUAGAUUUCAGGACGGUGGUUUAGAGUGCUAGUGGAGAGUUAACGCGAUUCGCCGAAAUUUGUUAGACCAAGAAAUAUUAGAAGGCGAAAUACUUGUACAAUUGGUUCGAUGAUUGGAAAAAUGGAGAUGGAAAGAAACGGAAACUAAGAUUGGGACAGCCCUAAUCCGGGGACAAUAGUAUUUUGCUAAAAGUAAUACAUUGGAUAAUAACACGUAAAAAUCUAAAGCUACAAUUUGCUUUAACA